AUGUUCCAUCUCAUGUCCCUGCAGUCUCGGCUGAUAGUGGCAACAGUUUAUUCCACAACCCUCGUGUCGAGGGAGUGGCAUGUUGUUGAUGCUAAAUUUUGGUUCUUACUUGUCUCUGACAGGUGGACUGAUUGGUUUUUCAUGACGCACUCUCUCACGCGGAGAAAGUCUAUUCCUGGCCAAUAUCUAUCUAAUUAUGUCGAUCCGUUGCCUAUUCGACUUUCAAUUAAGCAUAUCGAACCACUUGCUAAGUCAUUUUGGGAAAAUCUCCGGUGUCGGACACUCGCCGGUAAUUACCCCGCCCGCCGACAGGAAGCUGAUUGGCGCAGCGUAUACAAUUCCCCCAUGGGGCGUCGGUCUUUGUGCAUGCCUGGCUCUGUAUGUCAGACAUCUCCUUCCUGGAGACAAUGUUCACAUGGUAAAACUCUCAAUAAUCUCAACUCUGCCUACCCGAUGCCCCCCAAAUCCCAUCCCGCAACAGCCAACGCCAACGUAGGAGACUUGCCAGAGACAACCACCAAAGGAGAGGAGGAAAUUCCAGCCUGUCAGUUCUGUCGCAAGAAAAAAGCCAAGUGCAAUCGAGCGCAGCCGUGUUCGCAAUGUAUGCGAUCGGAUGUUCUUUGCGUCUACGAUGAUCGACGGACGAAGCCCGGUCUCCGAGCUGGGGCGGUCGACCAGCUCUAUCGGCGCGUCGAGACGCUGGAGAAUAUGUUUUUGGGUCAGGAGAUGCUCUGGCAGCAGAUGUGGAAGGCUUUAUUCCCGAAUACUGAGCCCCCGCGAUCCCUGGACAAGGGAACCACGGCAGCCACGACCCUGACGGAGCGUCGGGAGCAGUUGAAGGCUUCAUUACAGGAGCCUCCACCCUUAGCAGCGAAGAGGUUACUUACAGUGGCAGACGCCGACCAUUCUGCACCACUGGACUGUUUUCCUCUCCCAGCCAAACGCGCCCGUGUGGAGGACGAAGUGGCUCCCCAUGCGGCUGUCCUAGAGCCCGAGCCUUUCUUGGCCAACUCUUUACCUGACAUCGUCUUGAACGAACUGGUGGAUUUCUACUUUGUCAACAUCCAUCCGUGGAUACCGAUACUACACGUUAAGAGAUUCCGUGAGCGCAUGCGAUCGCCGGAGGAACGAGGGCAUAUCAAUUGCAUCUUACAUGCCAUCAUCUCUGUCUGUGCCCGCUUUUCACAAAAUGGCCCAAAUGGCGAUACGUUGAACUUAAAAGAGAUCGCCAAGAAAAGUCGGCAAGAGGUAAUAUUGCAAAGCACUGAAACCUUCUCCGUUGAGAAUCUCCAGGCGCUAGUGAUCGUCGCAUUUGAGACAAUUAAUCGCGGCCGUGGGCCCUCCUCAUGGUCUAUCAUUGGCAGCAUGGCGGGAACCGUGGAGCAGCUUCAGCUUGGCGUGGAAGAAGAUGACCUGUAUCGUGUCAAGCGCAUGGGAGAAAGACUGAUCAGGCGCAUGGUUUUUCUCACACCAUCUCGGUCAUGGAGUGAAGCAGAAGAGCGUCGCCGUGUAUUCUGGGCAGUCUUUCUCAUGGACCGCUUCUGCAGUGUCUCGACAGGCUGGAAGAUCAGUCUGAGGAAUGCUGAUGUGAAGCGCCGUCUCCCGUGUGAAGGUGCUCUGUGGGAAAAGGAACAGGAGGUCUGCACCCCGUAUUUCGGCAUCUCUGAUUUCAAGAACACUUCCAUGCCUAAUAGUCACUCAACUUCGAUGGAUGGCUGUGAAGAACAGGCCAUCGGCGCAUUUGCCUACAUCAUCGAGGCUACUGAGUCACUGGCCUUAGUGACCAACUUCUAUCUCCACCACGUCUUUCUGAUUAACGAUGCCAGCAAGGCACGAUUAUGGCUCGUCAAAUUCAAGGAACUAGAUCUGCGACUGAUUCAAUGGAAAAUCCACUUGCCUCCCAAAUGGCGCGAAGCCUGCGUCCUAAAUGAACACAGAGUCAUGGACCCCAAUCUGACUCUGGCACACAUCACCCACAAUACGGCGGUAAUUCUGCUGCAUCAGGGCAUCGCCUAUCCACCAUCGCAUUGGCAGAACUGUCCCAUUAAGCUCCCAUCAGCAUCCUCUGCUGAUACGUGCCUUGAAGCGGCUUCAGAGAUAGCAACUAUUGCUAAUCAAUUCCUGUCCUUUUCUCCCAUCUUCACGAAUCCCCAAUUUUCUUUUUGUCUAUUCAUCGCCGGCCGCACACUCCUCGCACACGCUAGGUACAAUAGGGUACCGCCUUCACCCGCACUCAACACCCUAAUUGCAAACCUGAUGGAGAUCUCGCAGCGGUGGACAAGACACCAUGACGCCAGCGAAUCCCAGCAAGAGGAGAGCCUGGCAUUCAAGUUUGCCACCCGACUCAUCGAAGCCCAGCAGAAUCGAACCAGUGCAUCUCGUCCGAGUCUGGAUAUUCGCACGACUGCGUAUUCAGAUGAAUCAAAGGAGGAGAUGUACAAAGAUCCCAUGGGAAAAAACCAGGAUGAUCUCCCAGAUUAUGAAUCGCUUAGCAGACCACUGCAGCUGGCUUCAUUCCCUUCGCAGGAGUCCACUUCCUGCACGUUCGACCCAUUCAGUCUGGCCUUCCCACCGCUGCCACCAGCCUUUCAGCAGGAUUUUUCGCCCACUGGUCUCGACCCGCUCUCUUUCUAUAAUAUGCAAUUGCCGUCGGAGUCUAUGUCUUCGCCUCUUGUCCGGGGCAGAGAAUCAGUUAUUACGGCAAUACACGGGGAGUGA